AUGAUUUGCAAAAUUGAAUGCUAAAUCCAUAAAGGAGAAAAAUUAUCUGCUAUUUGUGUGGAUUCUUAUUGUGUUGCCAAUACUCAAUGUUGUCCUCUAUGUAUCAAAGAAUUACAUAAUGUCCAUGAACAUAAAGUUGUGUCUCUGAAUUCUUUAUAAUCAUUUAUUUCUAAUCAAGAAAACAUUAAAAAACAAAAUCUUGAAUUUACAUCUGUUAAAUAACAAUUAAUAACCAAUAGACUCUAAUUAGCAGAGCUCACAGAAAUGAUUGAUUCCAAAAUUGAAAAACUAAACAAAAAUUAACUUAAUUUCAAUUUAUCAAUCGAUUAACUGAUGACUCUAGAUUCAGAAGAAUUACCAGUCCUUAAAAUUUUACUUAAUCAAUAUGAAAUUCAAAAUAAUACAAUCAUAGGAAUCGAUGAACAAAUCAAAUCGAAGAUGGAAAUGCAAAUCUCUUAAUUACUCACUUAAAUCAAUUUUUUAACUACUGAGUAUACUAAAAAAAUCAAAUAAAACCUUUCCAAGCUUUCAGUAGAGUAAUUUAAGGAAGAACUGAAAUUUUCAGAAGUCAAUAAACAUAAACAUAUACAAUUAAAUGAAGGUAGAACAGCUACACUGACAUAAUAAAUAGGAUAUGCUGUCAUUUAUAGUGAAUAAAGCUUUGAUCCUUCAAAAGAAAGCUUCAAAUGCUCUUUCUUAAUUAAUGUAAUCUAUAAAUCUCUAUACUUUAGAAACUAUCAUAUGGUUUAGUUGGAUUUGGCUCCUUAGAAGCUAGCAAGUAAAUGCAUUAUCAAAUCUAUGAUUUCUCCAAAGGACAUGGUUUCUAUGCUCUUCAUAACACAGGAGUUAUUUAUCAUAGUGAUGAUACAACCGUCAAUAACACCAAAAUCAAACCUCUUACAUUUGAUAAGGCAGAUUCUAUUGUUUGUUACUAUGAUGCUCAAUCAUAAUCAUUUACAUUCUUUAAGGAAUCCAAUAAAAAUGAAAAAUACACAAUGAAACUUAAUGAUUAAUCUAAGAGAUUAUACCCAGUUGCCAUUCUUUUUGGUCCAGGUGAUUCUAUAUCAUUUAUUUGA